AUGGAUCAAAGUCGCGGGAAAGGAUCACCAAGGGCUCGCGAUUUGUGGAAUACUCCGCGGAAGAAUCAACGCGGAGAUGUUGCUGAAAAUCGACCACCAUCGGUUCCAUUGUCGUCUAAUAACAUUAUGGUUCCAACUGUCUGGGACUGUAACCACAUUGGCCCCUAUUUUGCGAUGAUGAACUUAAGCGAAAUGAAAAGUGUAGAAUCUCCUAAUCAUUUUAUUGGGCAGCCUGCUCCUCCGCCAGUUGUAUAUUCACCACCAACACCAUUCACCGAUAUUGCCAAUUACAAUUAUUUUCAAAACUUUUCUCCAAUGUUGCAACAAUUACCAAGGCAGAGAAAAUCGUCUCUCCUUCCAUCGGAUAGCGAAUCAUCUCAACGCACUUGGUCCGAUGAAUCCUAUACCCACAAAUUCGGUGAUUUUCGACGGCCGUUCAGCUCAGCUGAUUAUCGGAGUUCUAAUCGCCGUGAUAAUCUUCGUUACAACUCACAAUCGACUAGAUAUAGCAGAAGUGACUCUAAUAAUAAUUAUACAAGCUCAUUGCUUCCUCACUGGGCCCUUGAUUCACACGGCGGUCUACGCUCGAAUCUUUCCCUUCCUAAAAUAGUUGAUAGUGGAGAACUCGUAAAAUUUGCAAUGGAUAAGACUGGUUGUCAGUUUCUCCAAGAUUUAAUGAGAAAACCAUUGACAAAUCCUAUAAAAGAUGCGAUUUUUCAACAAAUCUUGGGUCACGCAGAAGUGUUCCUGAAGCUGAGCUCAAAUAUUUUUGGCAACUUUUUUAUCCAACAAGUUAUUGAAUUAUCAUCGAAUACAAACGAUAGUGGAUACAAUGAAAGACAAGAGAAAAUCAAAAGAUAUAUUGGUUCACGCAUGGCGGAGCUCUGUCUGGACAAGUCGGCAUGUCGUGUGGUUCAGUUCGCGCUAGAUAGUUUGGACCUGCCACUGUCAAUUUGCUUAGUUCAACGUUUGCCACGCGAUUCGCGUCUCAUCUCGAUUUGUCUCGACCAAAAUGCAAAUCACGUCAUUCAAAAGAUCGUCUCGGUUAUUCCACUACAAAAAUGGGAGUUCAUUGUUGACUUCAUCAUUCAGCCGCAGCAUCUUCGUCAAAUAUGUGCUGACAAAUAUGGUUGUCGAGUUGUUCAAACGAUAAUCGAGAAGUUGAAUGUUGAUUCGAGCAAUAAAGAUCUUACGAUAGCAGCCCAGAAUCUUAGAGAAAUGGCUCUUCAAAGAUUGAUGACUGCUAUAAUAUCAAGAUGCUCCGAAUUGGCUUCAAAUGAAUAUGCCAAUUAUAUUAUUCAACACAUAAUUGCUUCUGAUGAUAUGGCGAUGUAUCGUGAAACAAUUAUUGAGAAGUGUUUAAUGAGAAACUUAUUGUCGAUGUCACAAGAAAAAUACGCUUCACAUGUUGUUGAAAAGGCAUUUUUGCAUGCACCUUUAGGACUUCUCGCUGAAAUGAUGGAUGAAAUAUUCGACGGAUAUGUCCCACAUCCAGACACUGGCAAAGAUGCAUUGGAUAUUAUGAUGUACCACCAAUUUGGAAACUACGUCGUGCAGUGUAUGCUUGAUAUUUGUCGUCUCGCCGUUGAUGGAAAAAAGAACACCAUAGAAGGCGGAUUCGAUUACAUGAGUCUUUUCUAUGAAUGGCGCGAGAAGUUGCGGACCAGAGUAAUGCGUGAGAAGAGCCGUCUUUCUAGAUUCUCGUCUGGAAAAAAGAUGAUCGACUCAUUUACCCAUAUAAUGGAUGCUUCUUAUGCUCAAGCCGAUUACGACGUUUUCACAACGACUUCUGAAGACGAAUCGAAGAGCGACAAUGAGAGUGUGUUUCUUGAGAGAAGACAAUAUAUUCCGAAAAAUAUCUACAGUAAUCAAUUUGGGUGA